CGCAAAGUUUCAACCCGUCGCGCGAAAGCCACCGCCGCGGUUGAUUACAGAGAUACGGCACUCCUCCAAGUCCUCCCUUAAACAAGUCAAAUACCUCGAGAGUGCAACACGACCAGUACACCCCUCAUGUGUCUAUACAACUCCUGCCAUCGCCCUUGACCCACGACGGGACCUUGCAGAUGGAUUGUUUCCCAGCCAAGCCAGACCGAAUCGCAAUGUCAAAAAUGACAUGAACCGUUGAACAAUAUGGCUUUGAAUCACAAAUUACUUUCUUCUGGCCUGUUGGCCCUCUUGGUCACACCCGCUUUCGCACAACUGCCAUACAAUCCCGCUCGCGUCAUUCCUGUCUCAGGUGCUCCGGCAGCAUACGUGUUUCGGCCUCAGUCCUCCUCUUCUCAAUUCUCCCUAUCACUACUCGACACAUCACAAAGCUUAGGCACCACAACAACCCCACAACUGUUGUUGGAUGGUCUGCCUUUCCUUGAAGACGACGCAUCCAAGUCCUUCAUAACUCUACCAGACAGAGAAGGUAUCACAGUUCUCGCAGGAGACUGUCAGGAAAACAGCACGGGGUUGGAGUUGUGGAGAUUUACUCGAAAUGACAAAGAUAAUAAUGGAACGUGGAACAGCCUGCCGGUCAGCGCAGGAGACUCAUCUUUAGGUGCCAAAUACCUUUCUGCUUCAUUUACAUUCUCUCAAACAACGGCGCUGGAAGAUGCAAAACUCUACGUUUUCGGGGGUAUGUGCCCGAAUGGAACAUCCAACGAGUCCAAUUGGGCUUCACAAGCGACAUAUUCUAAUACCAUGUUGACGAUCGGUUCUACCUCACCCGCUGCUAACUCUCAGUAUCAGAUUUCAUUGACGGGGUCUCGGGCACCUCCAAUCCCUGAAGCUGGUCUAACGAUAACACCUUUGUCUCCAACUUUCUCAAACACCUCCGAAGGCAAUGUAUCCCAGCAGCAGAACUUCAUUCUCCUCGGAGGCCAUACUCAAGCUGCCUUCAUCAACAUGUCACAGUUGGCGAUUUUCUCCCUGCCUCAGAGCUCUUGGGCCUUUGUUGGGGUCACCCAGCCUUCAGAUCCCAAUUCUGUGGUUGAACCACGAUCAGGGCACACUGCUGUUUUGACGCCGGACGGAUCAAAAAUCAUCGUGCUUGGAGGCUGGGUUGGGGACGUUUCAACGCCGGCGCAACCACAGCUGGCCAUUUUGGAGCUCGGACAAGGGUUUGGUGGCCAAGGGGACUGGACGUGGACCAUACCAUCUGUUAGAGACACUCCUUUUGCAUCAGGUCAGGGAGUUUACGGACACGGCGCCGCAAUGCUGUCUGGCGAUGUCAUGGUGGUGACUGGUGGCUAUCCCAUCGCCUCGUCAGCGUCUAGAGUCAAGAGAGCUGCUUCGUCUGACCUCCUUUUCUUCAAUACAACUGCAAUGAGUUGGACGAGCUCUUAUGAAAAUCCUGACCCGUCAGGCACUGCGACCAGCAGCCAAGAUGCCCAGUCUACGUCGUCAGGAUUGAAAGCCUCGGAAAAGGCAGGUCUUGGGGCAGGACUUGGCCUGGGUAUCGCUGCUGCGAUCGGAGUCGCGGUCGUCUGGCUCCUAUAUUCCCGCAAACUUCGGGAAAAGCGUGUCCUACGUGAAAAAGAAAUCAGAGAGCUUGCGCUUGGAGCUGAGAGACUUCACACGCCGAUGCCACCACCCGAAGGAGAUGACAGAUAUCCAUCAAUGAGAACGGCAAGUUGGAACGGUGCUCAAGAGCAACAAAUCGAAGGAUCUGGAAACCCAUGGCCAUGGGCUCCAGCAUCUCAAUCAGCACGCGACCAAGGCAGCCAGGGUGACUAUUCCAACCGCUUCCAUCACAACAACAGUGCUCUGGAUGUAGCUGAUCCUUCUCGAGGCGUGCAGAGCAACAUCAGCCACAGGGGACCAUUGGGAGGAUCGUCGUAUCCACAACUUAUCCUACCGGGUGUCCCUGGGGGUGUCUUCCGGAUCGACGAAGAGGACGAAGGCAGUCAGGCAGGGUCCAUGAGACGUACAGCAUCACAGACUCGUACCUUGGAUCGACGUUCAGUUGCCAGCGACCCAUUCAAAGACCCGCCAAAUGGGUCGGAUAGCUCUCAGUCUGAUCCGGCGGCGCAACAGCGGCAAAAGGAAGUGGAUGGGUGGGUGGAGGAUUGGCAAUCUGCUGCGGAGACCAUGAGUGUGUCCAGAACCACCAGCCAAGCGCACAGCAGAACAUACUCCAACCUCUCACAAUUUCGCGCGGCCGGGCCUAGCAGUUCCGGUCGUGGGUCACCAGAAAAGUCAGACCGUACGGGCAGUAACCUGUCGGACAAGAGCUUGCCGAGUAUAUCAGAGUACUCGAGAUCUGGGCAGACAACGGGGACGUUAACUCGUGAUCCGUCACAAAGGAGCGCGAGUACCGGAUAUGCGCUGUUCGCUGGUGCUGCCGCAGCUAUGGGCAGGAUGACAGGAAGUCGGCCCGGGGUGAGCAACAGUGACGUCGACAGCAGAGUCGCCCGGGCGCCCUCCAACCGCAGUGUAUCAUUCAACGUGGAGACACUGUCUCGGGAUCGCGACGAUACAUUUGCGUCAUCACGAUCGCCAUGGGGGGCACCCAAGCCGGGCGAGAGCCAAAUGGUUUACAAUCGCCAUGGGCAGCGGCCUGGCCAGGCUGAGCGAGGAUACUACCCUUUAAAUACAGGCGGAAGUCCCAGCAAGGACAAGUACUCUGGUGCAGGCAGUCUCUCGGGAUCUGGCCGGCGAGCGAUGAACCUGUUGGGCAGCGUCAAACGGGUAUUCACCGGGACGGGCUCUGUUGAUGUGCAGGACCGUAUUGGGAACCUUGAACAAGUGAGCGGACACUCGAGUCCGACAAAACAUUCCGGGCUCCCAGAGAUGAUGGAAACUCAUCCUCGGCGAUCACUGAGUACAGGGGCGUCGUUUUGGCGUGGCCAGCAAGGUCCCAAGGAUUGGGGGAGCAGCAACGGCGAGGCAUCAACAUCAUCGCGUGGGAAAGAGGUGCCUGGUGUGGUGCUCAAUGACAACCACGGCGAGUUAGGAGAUGAUGAUGGGGAUUGGGAUGUUGAGACAGCAGUACAACAGCGGGUGGUGCAAGUCAUGUUUACGGUGCCAAAGGAGAAGCUGAGGGUGGUCAACGCGGAUGCUCUGAGUCUACUGAGCAGCAACAGAAGCGAGGUGGAUCACGACGAGGACCGAGAACGGGAUCAAAUGAAGAGGAUGAGUAGUGUGCGGGAGGGAGAUGAGGACCAUGACGUUGAUGAAUUUACGGCCACUGAGAAAGGAAAGGGUCGGGCAACGUGAAAAGGCAUCGAUUGAAAAAGGUAUCUUCUGGUCAAGCGAGGCUGGCGUUGGUAUGGUCUGGUUUGGUGGGAGGAAGCGAGUGUGUUCCAAUAUUGUAUGAGGGAAGGAUACUAUACUCGAUCACUGUAUAACUAAGGUACUUUAGCUACAGAAUGAUAUUAGCCAUGACUCUGA